AUGAGUGAAAGAUAUCCGAGUGGAGCAAAAAAGAGGAAAUUGAAAAAAGAUCGUGAAGCAUCGAAUGAAAAGGUUUUGAAGUCAAUCCUACAGCUAUCAACCUUUGGGUUUAAACCUGAAGCAAGAGAUGCCCAAAGAGAAUCGAAUUCCAAUCAAUCUAGUGAGAAAUUAGACAAAGACGAUACUAGCCUAGGUUUUGACAAUGAUACGUCGGAUAAUUCUGUUAAUGAGGCCGUAGUUGAUCCAGAUGAGACGCAUGGUGGAAAUGGAAAUGCCGAUUCCAGAGAAGGCACUAGUGUAAAUGAAAAUGAAGUGGACAACGAGCAAGGCUUGCAAUCAGUAUCAGAAUUCGAAACCGAUCCAUCUUGCUGGACUUUCAUUUCCUUGGAAAUGAAACGUUACUGGGCAGUACAUGGACCAAAACAAUGCCAAAACAGAGAUGUAUCAUUUUUCAAGUCAAGUCGACAAUACAAAGUGAAUGAUAACAAAAUGAAAACAAGGUGCUUCAGUGCUUCUUUGCUGAAGAGAAAGUUAUCAAAUGCUGAAGAGAUUGACCGAGAUUGGCUUGUGUAUUCCCCAAGUUCGGGCAAAGUGUUCUGCUUUUAUUGUAAACUGUUUGGAGGGUCUAACACAACAGCUUUAGCAAGCUCUGGAUUUGAUGAUUGGAAGCAUCCUGAAUCAAUUUCCCAACACGAGAGGUCAGAUGCGCAUUUCGAAAACGUGAAGUUAUGUACAGCAUUUGCAAAUGGAGAAGGGUGGUUAAUUGAAUCACAACAUAUCAAACUUCUUCAACAAGAAGAAGAACGUUGGAAAGGUGUUAUUAUUAGAGUCAUUGAGGCUGUUAGAUUUCUAGCUGAACGAGGAUUAGCAUUUCGUGGAGAUUCGCAUGUUAUUGGAAAUCCAAAAAACGGAAACUUUCUUGGUAUUAUUGAAUUACCGUCCAAAUUUGACCCAUUUUUAGCCGACCAUCUUGCUCGCUAUGGUAACAAAGGAGCUGGAAAACCCUCAUAUUUGUCACAAAGAAUCAUGGAAGAAGUAAUUUUGAUGCUAUCAUCUGAAGUAACAAAAUUAAUUCUGAUAUCAAUUUCUAACGCAAAAUACUUUUCGAUAAUUGUGGACUCCACUCCGGACGUAUCUCACAUUGAUCCACUAACAUUUGUACUAAGAUAUAUCGAAGAUGGAGAGCCGGUGGAAAGAUUUAUCACUUUUACACCAACAAAGUCUCAUAAAAGCGAAUCUUUGACAACUGCUAUCAUUGAAACAUUGAGCUCGUUAAAUCUGGAUAUUAAAUAUUGUUGCGGUCAAUCUUAUGACAAUGCGUCAAACAUGUCUGGAAAAUAUUCUGGAGUUCAGGCAAGAAUAAAAGAAAUUAACAAAUGUGCCCUUUAUGUUCCCUGCACAAGCCAUUCCUUAAAUUUAGUGGGAAAUGCUGCAGGCCAAUGCUGA